UGCCUACGUACUUCCGCUACGCGUUAACAGAUCUCGAGUAGAACAUGUCGGAGAAAAACAUGGAGGAGAAAUUUGAACAAGCUGCAAGUAGUAAAACCAUAUCUCUUCCUAUUUCGAGGGUCCGUUUAAUCAUGAAAAGCUCUCCUGAUGUUUCAUGUAUCAACCAAGACGCUCUUUUCCUGACAACAAAAGCAACGGAGCUUUUUGUCCAGCAUUUGGCUUUGGCUUCAUAUAAAAAUGGUUCUGGUAAAGAGACUAAGACAUUGUCCUACACUGAUCUGGCAAAUACAGCAGAGGAAACGGAAACAUUUCAGUUUCUAACUGAUAUCCUUCCAAGGAAAAUCCUAGCCGGAGAUUAUCUCAAAUCACUUGAAGAAAUGGAAAAAGAUGAUGACAACCUGUAGUGGUUCAUCACAAAGGGAAUGAUUGUGAACUGGGCCUGACCACUUCAUUAACACUUUUUAAAAGCAAUGGAUUAACCUUAGGAUUUCACUUGUCUUAAGAAUCAGGACACAUUACCCAAAGAAAGUACUUUUACACCUCUGUUGUUUUAGAGAGGUACUGUACAUGUUUUACUCCUAGCGUAUAGUCAAUGUUUUAGCAACCACUUACACUAAUGUUGUGUUGACCAAUCCUCUGUAGAUUUACCACCGAACUACUGUGAGUACUAAGAUAUGUAUUCAUUGGCUUUAUCUCAUUUAAUAUUUCAUGCCAUGUUAUGUGCAUAUUUAGGGAUGAUUCUUCAUCCAGCUGCUACAAUCCAAACAUCCAUACGGUCCAUUUCUUUUAACAAUUUACACCUUGUUCAUGUUCCUUCAGUUUAAAAAUGUAGCAUUGAUCAUGGUUUAGAAAGGACUUUUAAUGUUAUAUUUAAAUGGGCAUUAUAUUUGCUAACUGCUGUGAUAAAAAUAUAAUAUAGAUUCAUAUUUGCAUUUAUGCAGUAUAGAAGUCAAAUAAUAUUAAGCCAGUAGUUCACAUAGUUUUGUUCAUGUUUUUUUUUUCUAUUAAAAUGUUACUUCUGGCUUUAUCAACAAUGGCACCAUGUUCUAAACAUACUGUAGAAGCAGUACAGGUAUACAUGGAUAAUAUGAAAACAUACAUACCGCCUGGUCUGCCGAAACCUAUUAGCUUUUAGCACAGGACUUUUUUGUAUUUUUUGAUGACUUCCAUGCACUGAAUUUUUGUACUUGAGAGCUUGGACUACAUCUGAAGACUUAUAUUUUGUUUUGUAUAGUUUUUAAAUGCUUUGUAUUUGAAUAAAUGCAUUUGCUGAUUA